AUGCCUCCUCGCAGAAAUCCAAGGCGUAACAAUAAUAACGAAACACCGAUACCACCACCUCCACCACCUCCUCAGUUCGACGCUGCUAUGUUCCAAGCAGCUGUCACGGCGGCCGUAGCGGCUGCCAUGUCACACAUCAAUACUCCUGUCCCUAGUGGAUCGGGAACAGGUGCACCUCCUUCCAACCAUGGCGAGAGUCAUGGGCACCCCCGGGAAUGCACCUACAAGGAUUUUACAAAUGCCAAACCCAGAAAUUUCAAUGGAACUGGAGGGGUUAUGAUCUUAAGGCAGUGGAUAGAAAAGACAGAAGCAGUCUUUGAAAUCUGCGCCUGCCCAGAGAACAAUAAGGUCAAGUUUGCUACUUGUACCUUUUCUGACAGGGCUUUAACUUGGUGGAAUGGCCACGUUAAGUCACUGACUCUGAUAGUGGCAAAUUCGAUAAGCUGGGAGAACUUGAAAGCCAUGCUGAUGAGAGAGUACUGUCCACGAGGGGAAAUUCAAAAACUCGAGCAGGAACUCUGGGGUCUUGUAAUGGUUGGUUCUGACAUAUCAACCUAUACUAAUAGAUUCUGUGAUCUGGCAAUUCUUUGCCCUGAUAUGGUUACUCUAGAGAGCAAGAAAAUAGAGAGAUAUAUUUGGGGACUGUCGCCCCAGAUCCAGUCAAGUGUGUUAGCAUCAAGGCCUGUUACUUUUGACAGCGCUAAAGAGCUGGCACAAUCUCUUAUAGAUCACGGAAACUACCAGAACCCAACAAUUUCUACACCCGAGCAACAAAAGGGAAACAACAACAACAACAAGAAAAAGGGGUGGAACAAGAGGAAAAGCGGGACUUCACAAGAAUCCUCAAAGAGACAACAACUAGUUACAAUCAAUGCUGCCACGGUAACUCCUGUUGUCCCUGCUAAUCCCUUACCAGCGAAGCCUUAUGCCGGUAAUCUUCCGAAGUGCAACAAAUGCACCUUCCAUCACAACGGACCUUGCCGGGAAAUGCAGUGCACUAACUGCAACAGAAGGGGGCAUACUGCCCGUUUCUGCAAGACUCCAGCAAGGCCGAGCGCUCAAGUUCCUAACACCGGUGUGGGCCAAGCUUGCUACGGUUGUGGCGAAGUGGGCCACUAUAAGAGGAACUGCCCUAAGGCAGGGAUAGCUGGCGGAGUAGGAAGAGUUCUGGCCAUAGGCCACGAGGAAGCGGUUGCUGACCCCACAGUGGUCACUGGUACGUUUCUCCUCGAUAACUCUUAUGCAUGCAUACUUUUCGACAGUGGAGCGGAGAAAAGCUUCGUAAACCAGAAAUUUGCACACUUGCUUAAACAAAAACCACGUGCACUAGAUGAAUCAUUCACUGUAGAAAUGGCAAACGGGAAAACGGAAAGUACUAACUGCAUAUACGUAGGUUGUACUCUAACUUUAGAUGGUCAUACUUUCAAAAUAGACCUCAUGCCGGUCCCAAUUAAAAGUUUCGACGUCAUAAUCGGCAUGGAUUGGUUAAGUCAUCGUCGCGCCGACAUCAUGUGCUUUGAGAAAGCAGUUCGUCUUAACCUCCCUAACAGCGAAACCCUAGUUAUCUACGGCGACAAACCUAGUACGAACCUUCGCAUCAUUUCGUGUAUCCAAGCUCUAAAGUGCUUGCGAAAGGAAUAUCAUGCAUUCCUCGCACACAUCGUCGAUACGAGUCAAGAAGUGAAAGACAUUCAGAACAUCUCAGAAGUACGCGACUUUCCCGACAUCUUUCCAGAAGAACUACCGGGAUUACCACCUCAACGCCAAGUCGAGUUCAGAAUCGACUUAGUGCCAGGGGCUACUCCAGUAGCCAAAUCUCCAUAUCGUCUGGCACCGGCGGAGAUGCAGGAACUUUCCAGUCAGCUUAACGAACUUCUCAAGAAGGGAUUCAUUAGGCCAAGCUUCUCACCAUGGGGAGCACCCGUCUUGUUCGUCAAGAAGAAAGACGGAUCGUUUCGUAUGUGCAUCGACUACAGGGAACUCAACAAGCUUACCAUUAAGAAUCGUUAUCCCUUACCCCGCAUUGACGAUUUAUUUGAUCAACUUCAAGGAGCCAACUACUUCUCGAAGAUAGAUCUACGAUCCGGGUACCACCAACUACGAGUGUUAGAGGAGGAUGUUCCCAAGACAGCCUUCCGAACUCGUUAUGGACACUACGAGUUUGUAGUGAUGCCGUUCGGAUUAACAAACGCGCCCGCAGUAUUCAUGGAUUUAAUGAAUAGGGUGUGUCGUCCUUACUUGGAUCAGUUCGUCAUUGUCUUCAUCGAUGACAUACUCAUCUACUCUCGAAGUAAGGAGGAACAUAGUCAACACCUACGAAGAGUCUUAGAAACAUUACGAUCGGAGAAGCUCUAUGCGAAGUUCUCUAAGUGCGAAUUUUGGAUUCGAAGAGUCGAAUUCUUGGGCCACGUAGUUAGUGAAGAGGGAAUUCACGUGGACCCCUCCAAAAUCAAGGCCAUUGAGAACUGGUCAGCACCGAAGACACCUACAGAAAUUCGUCAAUUUCUAGGUCUCGCUGGCUACUAUCGCAGGUUCAUUCAGAACUUCUCCCGAAUUGCGAAACCUCUUACAACACUGACCCAGAAGGGCGUGGCCUUUGACUGGGAAGAGAAGCAGGAGAGAGCGUUCCAAACGCUCAAGCGAGCCUUGUGCACCGCACCAAUACUAUCCCUCCCCGAAGGGAUAGAAGACUUCGUUGUCUAUUGUGAUGCUUCAAAUCAAGGGCUCGGCUGUGUUCUGAUGCAACGAGGUAAGGUCAUCGCAUAUGCCUCGAGACAGCUGAAGACACACGAGGUUAACUACACCACCCACGAUCUUGAACUAGGAGCAGUUGUGUUUGCUCUGAAGAUCUGGAGACACUACCUGUAUGGUACAAAAAGUACUAUCUUUACAGACCACAAAAGCCUACAACAUAUAUUCGACCAGAAGGAGCUCAACAUGAGACAACGACGGUGGGUCGAGCUACUCAGUGAUUACGAAUGUGAAAUUCGUUAUCAUCCGGGUAAAGCCAACGUAGUAGCCGACGCCCUAAGUCGGAAAGAAUACUCUGGUCGUAGAGUCAAAUCAUUGACUAUGACUAUCCAUUCACACUUGUCCACGCAAAUUAAGGAGGCUCAGCUCGACGCUUUGAAACCUGAAAAUGUGGCGAGUGAAACCCUAAGAGGGAUGGAUAAGAAUUUGGAAGUCAAGGGUGGCGGAGCCUUAUACCUCAUGGAUCGGAUCUGGACACCGAAACACGGUGGCUUCAGAGACUUGGUCAUGACCGAGGCACACAACACUCGUUAUUCCGUCCACCCAGGUUCAGAUAAGAUGUAUCUGGAUCUUAAAAAGCUAUACUGGUGGCCUAACAUGAAAGCAGAGAUUGCUACCUUCGUAAGUAAAUGCCUUACUUGCGCCAAGGUCAAGGUCGAAUACCAGAAACCCUCCGGUCUUCUACAACAACCAGAGAUACCGGAAUGGAAGUGGGAGCGGAUCACUAUGGACUUCAUAACCAAGUUGCCCAAGACAACGGGUGGACUUGAUACCAUAUGGGUCAUCGUCGACAGAUUGACCAAGUCCGCACACUUCCUGCCUAUCAAAGAAACAGACAAGAUGGAGAAGCUUACAAGAACCUACAUUCGGGAGAUUGUACGACUGCACGGUGUUCCCAUAUCCAUUAUCUCGGACAGAGAUAGUAGAUUCACUUCGAGGUUCUGGCAGUCGCUACAAAGUUCCCUAGGAACUAGGCUGGACAUGAGUACAGCCUACCAUCCACAGACCGACGGACAAAGUGAGAGAACUAUCCAAACCUUGGAAGAUAUGUUGCGAGCCUGUGUGAUCGACUUUGGGAAGGCAUGGGAUACUCAUUUACCCCUUGUCGAAUUUUCCUACAACAACAGUUAUCACACGAGCAUAAAGGCUGCUCCAUUCGAGGCCCUCUAUGGCCGAAAGUGCAGAUCCCCUCUGUGCUGGGCUGAGGUGGGUGAUACCCAGUUAGCUAAAGGACGAGUUCCUGAAAGCACUCUCACGGGUCCGGAGAUCAUUCGGGAAACGACAGAGAAGAUCGUUCAGAUUCGUGAACGAUUGAAAGCCUCUAGAGACCGACAGAAAAGCUACGCUGAUAAACGAAGGAAACCGUUGGAAUUCCAGGUGGGAGACCGUGUUCUAUUGAAGGUCUCACCCUGGAAGGGCUUGAUACGCUUUGGAAAGCGUGGAAAGCUAAAUCCAAGAUACAUAGGGCCUUUCGAGAUUCUCGCUAGAAUCGGUCCUGUAGCUUACAAACUUAACUUACCACGCGAACUCAGUAACGUACAUUCUACUUUCCACGUCUCGAACUUGAAAAAGUGUCUGUCCGACGAGACUCUUGUAAUCCCACUCGACGAGAUCGAGAUCAACGAGAGCCUCAACUUCGUGGAAGAACCAGUAGAGAUCAUGGACCGGGAGGUCAAGCAAACGAAACAAAGCCGUAUCCCGAUAGUGAAGGUUCGCUGGAACGCCAAGCGAGGACCUGAAUUCACUUGGGAGCGAGAGGAUCAGAUGAAACUGAAAUAUCCUCGUCUUUUUACUUAG